GCCGCGUUCACCUACGGGUCGCCGGCAGAGGCCGAAAGGCACUUCCGGUCGGCGGCGGAAGUGGUCGCGUUGCCGUGGCGACGGGCCCCGGCCGCCAUGGCGGUGCCGAGCUGGCUGGAGAGGCUGCGGGCCGCCAGCAAGACCGCGCUGGUGCAGGACGGGAAGCGGAAGAUCCACUACCAGUUUGAGGAUGGGAAGGAGAUGGCUGAAGAGUACGACAUGAAGACUGGCCAGUUAGUGAGUAGAAGGUGGCGAGAGAAGAACACCCUCGGAGGCACUGGCAAGUGGCAGGUUGAAGUGGGAGACCCAAUUUCACCUCUGCUGGGACCACUGGAAUCAGAGCUCAUAAAGGAAAGCAGCUCUAAUCCUGUUUUCAUGAGGAAGGACACCCUGACCAGCUUCCAGUGGCGGAUCCGUAACCUGCCCUACCCCAAGGAGGUCUACAGUGUCUCUGUGGAGAAAGAGCAGCGCUGCUGUGUCAUCCGGACCACAAACAAGAAGUACUACAAGAAGUUCCCUAUUCCUGACCUGGACCGAUACCAGCUCCCCCUAGAUGCAGCUGCCCUGAGCUUCACCCAUACUAACAACACGCUGAUCAUCACGUACCAGAAGCCAAAGGAGAUCCUGGCUGCAGAAGAAGAGUUGCAGAAGGAGCUGAAGAAGAUAAAGACAGCAAACAGUGGGGAUGGUGACUGCAAGACCCAAUAGGCAGUGACUGCUAAGAGGCUGAGGUAUCGGGGACAGCUCUGUCACAGCUUCAUGGUAUUUAUUUUGCCUUUUCUAAUAAAAAUAAGUUGUGUUGUUAA